GAUCGGCCUCGGCUCGGGAUGCUCCAGCUCGAGGUUGCAGGCUCGCUCGAGCUCGGCUCGACAGCCCUCCCGCUCAGGGCUGAGGGCCUCAGGUUCAUCUCCUCUCCUCCCUCUGCUAACCUUUCCCUUCUCUUGGUCUCGGACUCUCUCUUGCUUCCCCGGCGGCGACGACUGGGCGAGCGGCGGCGCCAUUUGUCACGUCUUCGCCCCACCCUUUGCCGGCGACGAGCAUCCACCAAUAAGAUGAUUAAUCUUUUCAAAAUAAAGGGUCAAAAGAAAGAAGAGGCGGCAAGUGCUGCUGGAAAGGCCCCUGUUAAGAAACAGUCUGCUGGGGAGCUACGCCUCCAUAAAGAUAUUAGUGAGCUCAACCUACCGAAGACUACAUCGAUUUCUUUUCCUAAUGGCAAGGAUGAUCUAAUGAAUUUUGAGAUCAUCAUCCGACCUGAUGAAGGAUAUUAUAUGGGAGGCACUUUCAUUUUCACCUUUCAAGUGUCCCCAUCUUAUCCUCAUGAGCCUCCAAAGGUCAAGUGCAAGACCAAGGUGUACCAUCCAAAUAUUGAUUUGGAAGGCAAUGUAUGUCUGAACAUUCUGCGUGAAGAUUGGAAACCUGUUCUUAACAUCAACACUGUUAUUUAUGGCCUGAAUCUUCUUUUCACGCAACCAAACGACGAGGAUCCAUUGAACCAUGAAGCUGCAGUUGUCCUUCGCGACAACCCGAAGACGUUCGAGGCAAAUGUUAAGAGGGCGAUGGCUGGAGGCUACGUAGGCCAACACUAUUUCCCAAGAUGUGCUUGACUUGGCGCUUGCUGUGAAACGAUUUCAGCUUUGCUGGAUUUGUGUGGUUUUCAGUGCGCGGAAACUGCUUCUGGGAGCAAAAUUAAAAUCCCCCGUGGUGUGAUGUGCAUGUUUGCCCGUCCUUGUGAUGUGUUUAAAACCCGUAAAUUAAAUUUGACGAUGGGGUGGUGGUGAAGAUGACAAUGAUAUGUAUCAAUGUAUGUCAACUAUGUAACUUGAUAAAUCCUAAAUGGGGAAUGGGAAGUGAAUUCAUAAAGAAA